CACUCUUCCUGAUUCCGAUCACUCGAGUCUUCGCUCUUUCACUGUCUCAAAAUUGCUUCUCUCGUCUUGCUAAAGUCCUCAAAUUUUAAUUUCCUCUGGCAGAAAUUUGAUCAUCCCGUCCCGUUGUUGCUGAAAGGUCAUACAAGAACUAGGGCUUUAAUGGGGAAGGGGGCGAUGGACUCCCAGUCGAGCAAGGAGCAGCAAGCCAAAGGAUUCGACGAUCCCAAAUCCUUGAAUAUCGAUGAAAUAUCUCAGCACAUCAUGCCUCAUCUUCUCAACAUGUAUGGAUUACGCGCGACGGCUAAAGACUUCGAAAUCUACGCACCGGAAGCCACUUUUGAGGAUCCUCUUAUGCUUGCUCAAGGAGUGAAGCAGAUCAAGUCGGCCUUCUAUGCUCUUCCCAAGGUAUUCAGCGAGUCUGAAAUUGUAGAAUACACUCUAAACGCGAAUUCUACCUCACCAGGAAAUGUUGAGGUUUUAAUUGAUAACAAGCAACACUACAAGAUAUUUGGAAGAGAUGUGGAUUUAGUAUCUCUUAUCAAGUUGAAAAUGGAGAAAGGAAAAAUCGUCCGCCAUGAAGAUUGGUGGGAUAAGAAGCCACUGAAGAACAGGGAGACAGUGAAGCUGCCAUUGGUUGGCCGUCUUGCUGAAAUCACCAGGAGGGGCUCGAUGCUUAUAACACAUGCCUUAAUGGGAUUUGGUAAGGAUCCAAAUAACUGAAUAUUGAAUGAUUUGUUGUCUAUGGUGAUCUUCUUUGGUGUGAUUUAUAUUAGUUUAUGUAUGACACUAAGAUUAGUAACUGUUCUAUAUGUACUUUGCAAGUGAGAUACAUAUGGAAUCUGACUUCUGUAAACUUUCUCUAGAUAAUAAUUAUGUGAUGCUAAUUUAUUAGAGUAAUCAUUUGCUUGAA